GCCGGACUCUCUCCUUGCCGUUCUAAACUUCCACGAACGGAUUCCCGCGCGACUCGGUUACACGUCUCAACUCACUCGCUACCCUAACCCAUCAAAACUCGGAGACCCGCGUUCAAGCUCCACAGCUUACCCACUGACGGAUCGACGGGAAUUCAAACCGUCGCAGGUACUUCUCAUCAUCGCCGCCAGGUAAGCGGAGUAAUUGUCGCCGGAAUUCCAGAGAAUUUCGGCGGUGGGGGGGCGCUCCAAUGGGAGAAGAUUAUGGGAGCGGCGACGAUGACUGCUCUUACGGAUACGACGAGGAAGAUUUUCUCGUCGAUGAUGAUGGCGACGAAGGGUGCUCGUCGGAUCGGUCUCCGUCGGAGAGUGCAGAGCGAAGCGCCGAUAAUUCUCCUUCCUAUAAGGUGAUCACGAGAGAGUCGCUCCUAACCGCGCAGAGGAAGGAUUUACAAAGGGUGAUGGAGUUCUUCUCUGUGAAGGAGAAACACGCACGGACUUUACUGAUUCACUUCAGAUGGGAUGCUGAUGUGUUGCUUGAGUACCUCGUGGAGCACGGCAAAGAAAGGCUAUACACCAAAGCAGGUUUGGGAAACUUGGAGGGCAGUGCUGCGGGGUGCCCUUCCAUAAUAGAUUGCUCUAUUUGCUACGAAGAGGUUUCGGUCGAUGAAGUGACGACUAUGGAUUGUGGCCACUUCUUCUGCAACGCAUGUUGGACUCAACAUUUUGUUGUGAAGAUCCAAGAAGGGCAAGGUAGAAGGAUAAAGUGCAUGGCACCAAGAUGUGAAUGCAUAUGCGAUGAAGUUCACAUUAGGGACUUGGUGAGAUCGGCGGAUCAUAGUUUGGCUGAUAGGUUUGAGCAGUUUCUGUUGGACUCGUACAUAGAAGACAACAAAAGAGUGAAAUGGUGCCCGAGUGUUCCUCAUUGCGGGAAUGCGGUUCAAGUCGAGGCUGAUGACCUGGUUUGUGAGGUUGAAUGUGAGUGUGGCAUGCAGUUCUGUUUCAGCUGUGCUGCUGAUGCACAUUCCCCUUGCUCUUGUCGAAUGUGGGAGCUCUGGACGAAGAAGAACCAGGAUGCUACCGACAGCUGGAUCACCGUCAACACGAAACCUUGCCCCAAAUGCCACAAACUAGUGCAGAAGGACGGUGGAUGCAAUCUAGUGAUCUGUACUUGUCAUCAGGCAUUCUGUUGGCUCUGUGGUGCUGCUACUGGAAGAGAUCACACCUGGGACAGCAUCGCAAACCACAGCUGCGGGCGAUACAAGGAAGACUACGAGAAGAAAUCCGAGACCGCCAAGAAGGAGCUUGACCGCUAUAUGCACUACUACGACAGGUACAAAGCCCACCUUGACUCGCUGAAGCUUGAGUUGAAGCAGGAGCAGACCGUGAUGAGCAAAGUGUCAACCUUGGAGGACAAAGAGUCGACUCUCGACAUCUCUUGGAUACAGAAGGCCUUCUUCAGGCUGGUCCAGUCGAGGAGGAUCCUCGCCCACUCAUACCCUUUCCCCUACUACAUGUUCGGCAGUCUGUUUAAGGAUGAGAUGAACGAUGAGGAGAUGGACCUGAAGAAGACACUGUUCGAGGAUCGGCAGCAGCUGCUGGAGGCAAAUGUCGAGAUGCUGUCGAAGUUGCUGGAGGAGAAGUUUGAUGAGUUUAGAGUUGCCGGGGUUCUGGACUUGAGAGAGAAGGUUCAAGCGGUUGUGGUUUCUACUGAUAAUCUCUGCAGAAAUCUGUAUGAGUUCAUCGAGAAUGAUUUGUUGGGGCCACUAACGAAGACAUUUGAGAGGAUAGCUCCAUAUCGCGGUAGCAGUCUCUUUAACCAUUUUAAAGGCGAAUCGGUCGAAGUAUAGAGAUUUAGCUAGACUUGUUUGCAUAAAGUUGGACUCAGAAGUAAAAAUAAAAAAGUAAAGACCUUUUCUUCUUCCCUUCCAUCUGAAGGAACAAAUUGUUACUGUUGGU